GUUAUGUUUAUUAUAUUACACAAUAAUUUUAACUGUUAUUAUUUUCCCGCUAAAAUUUGAAUUGAGGGUGUUUUAAUCGCCGUAUUAACCCCUACCCCUCUAAGAACGCAAUAGAAAUGGCGAUCUCGUGUAUUUUAAUCAUUAUUUAAGGGUUGAACACGAGGAUAUUCAAAUAAUAAAUUAAAGGUUGUAAAUUGGUAUUAAUAAAGAAUGAAUUUUACACCAUUUGGGGGGCACUUUUCCGCAACAAUUCCUUCAAUACAUCAAUUUACCGCAAAAUUUGGACAUGAAAAUGGUCAAAACCCGGUUUGCCAACCAACAACUGAGACAAACAGCAGCCGUUAUACUGCCAAUGGGGUACCUUCGUUCACGCAACAUCACCCCCCGCAACAAAAUCUAAUAAACACGGGUAAGUAUCCACCUUCAACGUACAAUUAUUCGCAUCAAAAUCAACAAGAAAAAAGUAAAAGCAACGUUCAAGAACAACAACAACAGCAACAAUCAUCUCCGGCGGCUUCUUGGCAAUCGUUGGCGGCCCCCGGAUCGGCCGUUGCCGAUUAUCUUUCGCAUUUACCCGCUUCGACGUUACCAUUAAGUUUACAUCACUUUUUAAAGUACUCGGCCGAAAUUAAAAAGGAAUCCGUCAAUCAGCAUCAACACCAACAACAGCAACAAAACCAACAAAUUUUAAACAAUGAUUUGGUACCCGGUUCAAAUUUGAUGAGUACAAACGCGAGUUUAUCGACGAUAAAUCACGCUCAACUCCAACCGAAUCCCCCUGCGAAAAAGAAAAAGAAGAAAAAACCCGAAAAAGAGAAAAAACCAAAACCAAAACCUGGCGAAAUUCGAUUAACAACCGCUUUGGAUGGUUCAACACUUUACUGUUGUCCGGAAUGUCAUAUGGCUUAUCCAGAAAAAGAGUUAUUAGAACAACACUUGGUGGGACAUACGCUGGAACGACGUUUCGUCUGUGAUAUUUGCGGGGCCGGUUUAAAACGGAAAGACCACCUAACCAGACACAAACAGUCGCAUAACCCAGAACGACCGUACGUAUGUACGGUUUGUUUAAAAGCGUUUAAACGCAAAGAACAACUCACUUUGCAUUUUGUUAUUCACUCCGGCGAGAAGCGACACGUUUGCACGGAAUGUGGAAAAGGUUUUUAUCGGAAAGAUCAUCUGCGAAAGCACACUCGAUCGCAUAUUGCGCGUAGAGUUAAAGCGGAAUUAUCGCAACAAAAUCCCGGGAAUUCCGGCGGUGUUAAUUUACACUCCGGGGGUAAUACGCAAAGUAUUAUAUCUUAAUUUAAAAAGAAAUCGGGUUAUA